AUGCUGCCUCCUCCAACCAUAUUGGACUUGGAUCUGGUCGACGCGCCAUUGAUCAUCACCCGGUCGGUGGCCAUACUCACCGUGGGCCAAUUGCGCCAACAAUGCGCAAUUCUGGGCAUCGUAGCAGGAAAGUACCAGAAGCAGCGUCUCGUCAGCAUGCUCUGCAAGCUGCCUACUCAGCCGGUCAUCUAUGAUGGUUUUGGACAUCAAGACCUGGUCGACUUCACCCUCUCGAGAGAGCUGAACCUUAGCGACGUAGCGGAGCGUCAUCUGGACAAAUUCAGAGCCAAACGCACAGAGCUUAUAGGGAUACAGACCAGGCUAGAGGCCCUGGGUUCGCAGAUCAAGGCAGAGAAACCUACCUCUCGUGAGCCUCACUUUGACUUCCUCGGUCUACCACCAGAGCUACGCGACAUGGUUCUACAUCUGGUCUGCAUCAGUUCUACCACCAUCAUUCACCCUCAGACUCAGCCUGCUAUUGCCGGGACUUGUCGACUCUUGCGGCAAGAGGCGCUGGCUGUGUACUACGGAUGUAACCGAUUCCAUGUCUUUCUCGACAAUGUAUCCCGCAAGGCGCUAUCCGAUAAGGAUCUCUGGCUUCAAAGAAUAUCACCAUGCCAUCUGAAUUCUGUGCGCUCUUUCUCCUUCAAGUACGUCGGCGCUGUCGCUCUCCUUGACAUCGACUUCGAUAUCCGUAAUCAGACACUCGGGAUCGUCCGCUUCAGCGCUUUCCGACCUUCGCAGGCUGAUCAAGUAUUGAGUGACUAUCUUGCCCGCUCCAGGAGCAGUUGGACCUCGCCAUCGUAUGUUGUGCGGCUGAGAACGUACGACGAAUGGGGCAGCAACGAGUCCGAUAGGUUCCUACAUCUACAAGGCUCAUCUUCCCUGCUUGCGGCUUUCAAGAGCAGUAUCUUGGAAAGGAUCGAGGGGGCCAAGAUGCUGGCAACUGGUGAUACCGACGCCGAGACCGCGAGAAUCGCAAACUGGAAACGACUUGAGGUGGAGUGGACUGCUCGCAGUGGCUUUUCGGGUCCGAGCAUCGAGAGGAUCAUGGAAAUGCUGGUCGAAAACAUACCAGACAUCAAAAAUCUGUGGGUUCAUGACUUUGUGGAUUGA